CCCUGUUCUUUUAUCUUCCCCAGCCUGUCUGCAAUUUAUCCAUAGGUCACUUUCCUUCGCUAUCCCACACGAGCAGGGAACAUGGCCGUUGCAGCAAACAUCGACAAUACGCUUGGGAUUUUGUACCAAUCAGUGGUCUUCGGAGUACCCGUCCGUGUAGCCGGCUGCAUGCAAGCAUGGUAUUAUUAUCGCAAGUACAAGAAAAGAGACGAUUGGAGGAUCAAGGGCCUAGUGUCGAUCGUUUUAAUAUGUGACACGACUCAAAUGGCACUCUUGAGCGCUUGCGUGUACCUCUAUUCUGUGACGAACCAGGGCAACGCGGCAAUCAUGCUCCAAAUCGAGCCAACCUUGAUCAUUGAGAUCAUAUUCAGUAAUCUGAUCGCUGUCUUUGUCCAGCUCUUCUAUGUGCACAGGAUCUGGAUGCUGAGUAUUGACAGGUGGUACAGGUAUCCGAUGACCAUCUUCGUGGCCCUGCUGAGCGUUGGUUCCUUCGUGACUCUCAACGUGUACUGUGCCAAGGCUUUGAUGUUCGCGACCUUCGCCGAGUUCGCCUCGUUGAAGACCCUAUCCAUGUCAAUCAACAUCAUGGCCGCCGUGACCGACGUGGUGAUCUCACUCUGUCUUGUCUACCUUCUCCGUCUUUCGGCGAACAGGUCCGGGUUCAAGCGGACCAACGACAUGAUCAACAGGAUGAUUGUCUUCACUUUCAACACCGGCCUGCCAACUAGCGUCGGUGCCCUCAUGGCUUGCGUUGGCAUCAAUGCGUGGCCCAACACUUUCAUUUACAUGUUCUUCUUCUUGAUGCUGACACAUUCCUUCACCAGCUCUCUCCUUGUCACUCUCAACUCGCGUGACUACAUUCGCCGUGCUGCCAACGGCGACGUGCACCAAGACUCCUACUCCCUCUCCCUCCAGAACGCCACCAACCACGGCCCUCCUGCUGCCUACAGGCCUAAUGGACAACUCAACACCCGUGACGACGGCAUAGCCAUUCGCAUCGAAACAGUCAAGCAGUCCGAUGCCGACGACGAGCUCGAACAGACCAAGUCGGGUAGCUUCCCUUCACAUAACGCGUACAACCCGAACGCGUAUGGAUCGAAAGUUUGAGGAUACCCUGUUAGAGUCGGGCUAGGGUUAGUUGAGCCGGGCGUUGUUGCCGUUCUGCAUUAGGGAAAUGAUAGUCAUGGUGCGGCUUCGCCGUCGUUCUUUGCGUUGCACUAGAAUCCGACUGGUUCGUCGUCGCCCUUGCCUAGUUAGUACGCACCGCGCCUCGUUUGUCUGUUCCUUUGGUUUUGUGUGACUGCGGCGACCGACAAAAUACACCUACCCCUUUGUGAUUGCGAGUAUACUGCCCAAUUUUACCAUGCUACCAACCCCGAUAAUGAAAUCAUCUCCCCGACACAGACGUGAUUAACACUGGACAAUUAGUUACGGAUCUGUACAAACCAUCGGGCUCUGCGAUAUCGGUUGAAUAUCGUUAUACAUACUUAGAUACGUGCAUACCAGACGACGGGACUUUCGAUGUUCGUUUUCUCUUAUUUUGUUUAUUUC